AUGACAAAAGGUUGCUAUACCUGUCGCCGCCGUCGCAUCAUCUGCGAUAAUGGUCAGCCGACUUGCAGGAAGUGCCGAGAUGCAGGUAAAGAAUGUUUGGGCUACCAGAAGCCUUUGGUCUGGGUCAAAGGUGGUGUUGCCAGUCGUGGCAAGAUGAUGGGUCGUUCCUUUGACGAUGUGAACAAGUCCGACGGCGAUGCGAAAUCCCCACCUGCCUCCGAACCCAAUGAUACUGCACCGCAAAAUACCCCCGGCUUCAACUUCUUCUCCAUCGCGAAGUCUUCGCCCGAGAAUGACUCAUCUAGCUGCGGGACUCAGUCGAGUCCGGAGGCCGACGCCUGGAUCCAAGACACACUAGAUACUGCUAUAUUUGGACCAGCGAAAGAAGAUGCACUGCUUGGGUUGGACCUUUCGGAGCAGAAAGAUACCGCACUGGUACAAGUACCUCGCGGAAGCUCUACAGAGGACGCUCCAACACCGUGGGGGCUUGUCGACCCGCUAUUCAAAGAUAUGUCACGACUUUCACGAUUCUAUCUGCACCACUAUAAUCAAUGCAUGGCGGGAGACUUCGUUGUCUACGCCGGAUCGAAUAACCCAUGGCGAAACAUUAUAAAUUUAGUCGGAGACUCGCCGCUUCUUGGGCUAGCUCUAUCUUCAAUGGGAGCUCUCCAUUUCUCACUCACGACGAACUCAGAAGCGGCCACAAUGCCCUGGUCAAAGCAGAGCCUGCUAACCGCCGACACUCAAUUGACCCCCGAGGACAUUGAAAACUUCAUUUCCCCAACAGGCGCCAACCGACCACCUUCAAAAGCAUUUCAACACUUUUUGGAAUUCAAGCAGCGAACGCUUGGCCAACUAUCCAAAGACCUCUCCAAUCCACUUUCGCAGAGAGACGACAGGACUUUGGCUACUAUAAUCGUCCUCGCGCUCCUAGAUUUAUUCGAAUCGGGCAGUGGCGCCUGGAGCUACCACAUUGAGGGCGCGAAGAAGCUUCUCAGAGACCGACCUGAAGACGAACUUGGCCAGGGUAUGCUACAGGGACUUGAGUCAUUUGCCGUCGAUGGCUGCUUGAUUUUGGAAAUCAUGGGCUCAACACUCGCACGUCCAGGCGCUCUCUCUAAGCCAUUCUACUCAUCGGCCAUGGGUCCAGCUAUGCUCAAACGACUCGAAGUAACCUCCUGGAUCGGAUGUCCCGCCUAUCUUCUUGAAGUGAUAUUCUUCGUACACACCCUCUGGUACCCGGACUCUGAAAUCGCAGCCGCCAUUCCACGACCAACAGCCCUGCCAAUGUCCAUGCAGCAAGGAAGACCGCUCACCCUGGAAUCAUAUGUGGCUCUCCUCCAAGGAAUCCGCAGCUUCGACCCAGUCGCCUGGGCCCACGAAAUGCAACAAAAUCACUUCUUGACUGACGUCUCUCACCGCAUCACUCUCGCCAGCUGCUACCAAGCCGCCGUCUACCUUUACACUAGCCGCGUACUCUCUCGAUCAAGGGAAGGCUUCUCCCCUCCCUGGACAGACGUCGGAGUUCCAGCCGACCACUCCAUCAUCGCGAACAAGCUCAUUGCCGAGCUAUGCUCCAUCCCUUCUUCCGAUCCUCACUUCAAAUGCCUCAUCUGGCCCACGUUCAUAGCAGGCGCGGAAUGCCGCCGUCCAUCGCAACGUGCGCUCGUUCUCGAGAGACUCGGUACACUCUACCAAGCCGUUACCAGUGUCAAUGUUCGCAAUGCAGCUUGGGUACUAAGGUUGAUGUGGCAAACCAAAGACCAAAAGCGACGCGAGCGUGAUGGGUAUCUUGAUUCACAAGUAGGCAAUGGUGACGAUAAUGAAGACGGCGACGAUACAUUCGACUGGAUCGAUGAAUUGGAUGAAUCUCGGCUUGACUGGCUCUUCAUAUAA